AUGUUAUUAUUUUCUAUUUACUUCCAGGUGGCAACACAAGAAGUAUCGACACAAAAUGAAUUUGCGCCACGCGUAACGGCGACAUGCAAAUCGGGCACAAUGAAUAUCAAAGUGAAAUUCAACGGUCCCUACACGGGUGCAGUACAUGCGCGCGAUCAUCGCAAUGCGGCCUGCAUGGCCAUGGGCGACGGCUCCGAUGCGGUGGGCUUCAGCAUAAAUCUGUUGGCGAAGCAGGGUGCGCCCGAUUACUGCGGCGUGCUGGUCAGCAACGUGAGUGGUGCCAAUCGUACCGAGGAGCGUUCGAUACAGCUGGCGGUGCGUGUACACAAAACGCUGGAAUUGGCGGAUGAUAAAUUUUAUGUGAUCACAUGCGGCAAAUCUGGUUUUGGACGCGAUGAUAACUCUCAUGUCAUUUUGAAGUUCUUCGACAAUGAGCGCCGCGUACGCGAAACGGUUUAUGGACACGAGUAUAAAAUACGCGCAGAAUUAACGAAGCCAAAUGGCACCUAUGGCGUACGCGUGGCCAACUGCUUUGCGUUUGACAAGAAGAAUGUUACCAUUCAGUUGAUCGAUGAGAGAGGCUGCCCGAAGGAUGAUAACAUCAUUUCCCGUUUCGUGCCAAGCGCGGAUGGACACAGCGCUGAAGCAACACUCAAGUCCAUGUUCAAGUUCCCAGAAGGUCAGUAA